AUGAUUUUUAAAAUUGCCUCUGGACAUUAAAUUUAAUGUUUUUUUAAUGCCCUCUAAAGCCUUAAUUUUCUCAAUAUUAAUUUAAUGACUUUAUGCUUUGUAAUGACCCGCGGAAACCCUGUAAAAGAAGCUAAAACAAGGUAAAUAAAAGGUCAUAUCAGUUGAAGAAAAUGUGAAGAAAAAGGUAAAACAAGGAGAAUAGAAGGUCAAAUAAGUUAAAUAGAAGGUCAAAUAAAGGUAAAUAAAAAUAUUAAACAAUGAGUAUAGAACGUAAAAUAUGUUAAAUAGAAGGUAAAAGAAAGUAACUGUAGCUGCUGACAGAAGCACAUUGUAUAUAUGUUAUAUCAUUUCAUAGUUGGUUAGAAUAAAUAAAUACAAUGUAUAAAUAAAAGUUCAUAUUUACAUAUAUUGUGAUUAUAAAUGUAUUUCCUUUGGUAAUUUCAUGCAAGUAUAUGUUAACUUUAUUUUUUGUUACAAAAGCCAUGUAAAUUGGAUAGGAACAUAUUUUUUUGUGCCGGUUUGGUCACAUUGUUGGGGGGACAAUUAAUAUGUGACGGAAUAAGGGAAGCAGCAUGAGACAGCAAUCAUUUGAUGGAAGAGGUUAAUGGAGUCUCGGCUUCAAAAGAAACUUUAUUCCCUCGGAGUUUGUGAAGCCAAUGAGUUCUGACGGCAUUAUUUUGGCAUCGUUGUUAACGAGAAGAAGGCGUGGCUGAAAUAAAUGUCUGUGGGAGAAAAACGAACAACUUGAGCCUUGAUUAAGACCUCGGAGGGAGUAACAGUAACUAAAGGUUCUCUUUGGUGGACCUGAAAAGUCCCUACAUGAUGAGCGUCUGACCCAGGAUCUUGCGGUUGAUCUCUGCCAACGCCACGGAGAAGACGGCCUUCUCGUCUGCUUCGAUGGUGUAUCAUAUGUGACCGUGUUAAAGGCAAUCCCAGUUUCUGCACAGGAUGUGAAAUAUUUCCUGAAGGGUCAGGACAUACACUUGAUGCCAUCCAUCUCUGAACAACCUAUUCAUUUUAUCUGGCUACAUAAUGGAAAUGAUGUGGUAUUGUUUACUGGCACGGAGGACUUUGUGCUUUCUUCAUACAAGAACAGAAUCACUCUGGACCGGGUCUCUGCAGAACUCAUCAUCAAAAACGCCACAUAUGAAGACAGUGGAGUCUAUCUCCUAGAAAUGAACAUAAACAACAAGCAGGAUACUUUCCAGUGUGAAAUUAAAGUUAUAGACAAAGUAUCCAAACCCAACAUAUCCUGUGAGAUGAGCGACACAAAGCAGGCGACACUUGUGUGCUCAACAGAGUCCAAACAUCCUCAUUUAUUAAAGUUUAAGUGGAGCUCACCAGGAAAGGAGCAGACUGGACCAAAUUUAACAAUAACUGUCAGGAAUGAAGAUGAUGAUCAAGUUUAUCGUUGUGAUGUCAGCAACCCUCUGACCAAUGAAACAGCUUCAUUCACCACUAAGGACUGCUUCCUGGGUAAAAGAUCAGAUGCUCUAUGGAUUAUCAUAGUCUGUAUCUUCAUUCUGGUCAUCAUCUUGUGUUGUGUUUUAUACAUAAAAUGUCAAUAUCUAAAAGUGUCCAAAGAGCGUGAUAAAAACACAUCCUCCUUAGACCAAGUACUCACUCUUCCCUCCAACUCAGGAUUGAAGGUGUUGACUGAUGAGGAGGAGAUGGAUUCAGAAGGAGCCAUGCGACUCACUGCUUCUGUUCAUGCACUUCAUUCCUCUUCAACAGACAUAAACACUAUCAUUAAACUUUCAGAUACCAGCAAUGAUCAGCAAGUUCAUCUGAAAAAUUCGGAGGAAAAUGUGAAAACAGAUGACUUCCUGAGUGGAGCGACACUCAGUCAUUGGGGAGUAAUUAGAAGACGAAGCAACAGUUGGUCAGGAAUAAAUACUACAUAUGACAGAAAUGUGCAUCUCAAAAAGAAGGAAGAUUUCAGGGAGAAAAAAAAGAGUCUUUGACCAAAAUCACUAAUAGUUUGAAAAAGGAGUGAAGGAAGCCAUCUGUUAAAAGGCCAUUUUGAAACAAAAAUGGAGGUUAUAGCAACAUGAGCUGACAAAUUCACCAACAACUGGAUACAUUUUUUUUUUCCAAAAUGUCACCGCUGUAGUGGCUGCUGGUGGCAGGAGCUCUGUGCUCAUGUGUCAUCCUUCUGUGUUCCUGGUGUUUCCCUCUUGUUUUCAUGUGUUUUUUGAGUUUUUUGGUUCGGGACCCUUUAGGACUGUGUGACAAGGGGUGGCACUUUCGUGACUUCUUUGGUGCUUUUUGUGGACUUCUGGAUCUGCCUCCCGGGAGCCUUUUGGCCAUGGAGACCAGCUGCUGGGUCUCUGCCACACCAGAGUCCAUUUGGAGAGACUGGAGGAGAUGCGGAUGAAGAGACAGAGCUGCGGAGCUGGCGCUGAGCCCCGGGAUGGACGGGCUUCACAGUGUCUUGGCUGAAUGAGCAGGUAUCGGACACCUCGGUCUCCUUUGACGCAUCCUCGCUCAUCCAUGCAGACUGGACACUGGCCGAGAGUUAGUGAGCGGCCGAGUGGCUCUCUUGGUUGCUUUGUUGGGUCUGCUCCUGUCUCUGGCCAUGCUCCCCCCACCCCAGCAGACAAUGGCGUGGAAUACCGCAGAGGCCACCACAGUGUAUAUGUUUUUUUAAAUUGUAUAUUUAUUUUUUUGUAGCUGUAUAUAUAAAUGGCUGGUUGCAUCAGCUAUGCUCUUUUUAAUGUCCUUUGAUGUUUGCCUCUUACACACAUGCUAUUGCUAUGGUUAUGAGUUUUUUUUCCCCUUGGCCUUAGUCUGGACCCCCUCUCCAGGGGCCCAGGCUUAGACUGAAUAGUCUACCUGGACAUUGGAGUCUCAUGCAAUAAAGCUUGAUUGAUUGAUAACAUUUUCAAAUAAUAAUAAUAAUAAUAAUAAUA